AUGCUUUCUCAUGCCGACCUCCUGGAUGCUCGGCUCGGGAUGAAGGAUGCUGCAGAGUUACUCGGACACCGAGAAGCUCUCAAGUGCCGGCUGGGAGGCGGGGUGCCAGAUCAGGGACAUCCGGGAGACAUGGCCCCUGGUCCAGACUCUGUAGAAGGGACCACUCUUCUGCCUGGAGAAGACAUCGCCACCGUCGGAUCCAACUCGGCCGGUAUGCCGGUGAACGGGAAGGAGCAGGAGAAGCAGCAGCAACAGCAGCAGCAGCAGAGCUCCGGUCAGACCGCCAGCCAGCAGAAACAGAAGCGGCACAGGACGCGCUUCACCCCGGCGCAGCUCAACGAGCUGGAGCGCAGCUUCGCCAAAACUCACUACCCUGACAUCUUCAUGAGGGAGGAACUGGCACUAAGGAUCGGCCUCACCGAGUCCCGAGUUCAGGUUUGGUUCCAGAACAGACGCGCCAAGUGGAAGAAAAGGAAGAAGACCACUAAUGUUUUCCGCGCCCCGGGGACGCUGCUCCCCACACACGGCCUGCCCCAGUUCUCUGCCGCGGCCGCCAUGGAGAACAGCCUGUGCUCCUUCCACGCCAACGACUCCCGCUGGGCGACGGGGAUGCCGGGAGUGUCCCAGCUGCAGCUCCCACCAGCCCUGGGCCGCCAGCCGGCCAUGGCGCAGUCCUUGUCACAGUGCAGCUUGGGUCCCGGCCCGCCGCCCAACUCCAUGGGUCUCUCCAACGGCUUGUCCUCCAAUGGCUCCGGUCUGCAGUCCCACCUCUACCAGACGCCUUUCCCCGGAAUGUCGGCCUCUCUCUCCGGCCCCACGAACGUAUCGGGUUCCCCACAGCUGUGUACUUCCCCGGACAGUGACAUGUGGAGAGGGACAAGCAUCGCGUCUCUGCGGCGCAAAGCGCUGGAGCACACAGUGUCCAUGAGUUUCACUUAG